CUCCAAGUUCUCUGCCACUGUAGAGAGAAUAGCCACACCCCCACGCCAAAGCUCUCUCUCUCUUCUCUCUCUCUCUUUCUCUGUAGCUAUAUAUCUAUAGUUGAGCUUCGAGCAGUCUUUGGUUGAGAGCAAUGGGGCAGGAAUCUUUUAUAUAUAGCUUCGUCGCUCGGGGGACGAUGGUCUUAGCUGAGUACACUGAGUUCACCGGCAACUUCCCGGCGAUUGCAGCUCAGUGUCUUCAGAAACUACCUUCCUCCAACAACAAGUUCACUUACAAUUGUGACCACCACACCUUCAAUUUUCUACUCGAGGAUGGUUACGCUUACUGUGUUGUUGCAAAGGAAUCUGUUAGCAAGCAGAUCUCCAUUGCUUUCCUAGAACGUGUCAAAGCAGACUUUAAGAAAAGAUAUGGUGGUGGAAAAGCAGAUACAGCUGUUGGCAAAAGUCUCAACAAGGAGUUUGGACCGGUUAUGAAAGAGCAUAUGAAGUAUAUCAUAGACCAUGCUGAGGAGAUUGAAAAGCUAAUAAAAGUGAAAGCUCAAGUUUCAGAAGUUAAAAGUAUAAUGUUAGAGAACAUCGACAAGGCUAUUGACAGAGGAGAAAAUCUAACCAUCCUUGCGGACAAGACAGAAACAUUGAAGUCACAGGCCCAAGAAUUCAAGCAAGGAACACAGGUCCGUCGGAAGAUGUGGUACCAGAACAUGAAAAUCAAGUUGAUUGUUCUUGGAAUUUUGUUGUUUUUAGUCCUCGUUAUCUGGCUCUCUGUUUGCCACGGAUUUGACUGUACAAAUGACCCGUGAUCUUUCAGUUUAUAUAUUGGUUCUUUAUAAUGGUG